CUGCCGCAUUGGGGAUUUUAUCACAGAACUCACAGCAAACUGCAGAAGGACGAGGUGCAAACGCAACUGACGCAGCUGUCUCCACUCCAAAGGAUCAUCCGAAAGCUACAACUUCUAGAAUACUAUAUCGCCAUGCUUUACACGAGUUUUGUUUUCCGACCUGCCUAAAAAUGUACAAGAGGGUCUUGGUUGGCGCUCCAGUGUAUCCACGCUCAUGAAACAGCUACUGCACGAGAAGGAGGAAACUGAAAUGGAAGUGUUCUUUUGGGGAAGUGUUCUUUUGGAGAAAAUUUUACGCACCCAGCAGAGAGCGCGAAAAGCAUUUUCAGACAGAUCGGAAUAGCAACAAACGGGUUCUUGGUACUAUCCUUGCUGCCCAGGUGUAUGUGGUGAUAUUAUAGAGAAGCCUUAAUCACCACAUACACCCCUUGGUGAAGGAGCUUGGGGAAGGAGCCGUUGUAAUUUUGAGAAGAAGAGAACUACGUAAUGGGCACUUCUAGGAACAAUAACGUGAAUUAUUGCGGGCUCUUCUUUUUACUUGGUUUUCUAGGUUUUACUAGGUACUGAGUCAGGAUCGCUUCAAAAUUUCUCUUCUAAAGCACACAGUAAUAAAUCAUUCCUCUUCUUAUGAAGCGAAAAAGUGCACUCAUCCUCAAGAAAGUAGACACUUUCUAAGUAGGAAGAAGCCUCUUUUCUUGAGUAUGAGCACACUUUUUCGUGUCCUACUUCUAUUACCUAGUCAGUAUCGUUUCUCUUCUAGCCCUUCAUCGAAGAACCCGGAAGGACAUGCUAAAAAGCACCAAAAUGAAACACGUGACCGACGGAAUAGCAGCCGAAAAGAAAAAGAGCAAGAAGUGGAGGAAUUGGAGGCGCAUCUCAGAAAGAUACAAGGACGAUGAGUUGAGCCCUAAUUUAGUAUUAUGGAACGGAACGGUAGAAGAACACGGAAGCGCCGCAUCAGCGGAGUUGAUGGGGAGAAAACACGAAGUGGAUACCCUGUGUGGCGGGAUGAUGACCGUUGUUUUAGAUAGAGAUAGAGAAAUAAACCUUGAUGUUGUUAGAGAUUUAGUAAACCUUGCAGUCUUCUUCCCUUCCUCAAAUAUGCGGGCAGAUUCUUCUUCAAACUCGCGCUCGCGAUACAGAGAGAAAGAGAUGAUUAUAAAGUGCCUAACUAUGAUAUGA